AUGGAAAAGCUCCGAGGCGCCGAAACCGCCGCGACGCAACGUCUCCGCAAAACAUUCAAGUACCCCUCCGAAUCCGACGACGAAGAUGCCGUAGAAGCAGGAAUGGACGGACAAGACCGCGCAACCCUCCUCCAAACCCUAAGCGCACACGAUACAUCCACAACACACAAAUACACGCUCUUCCUGCUCGUCCUACCUCUCCUCCCCAUCCUGCUCUACAUCCCCCGCUUGUUUUCCCUCUCCACAUUCCUCCCCAGUCUCGCCGCGAUAGCAAGUUUCCUCGCCUCAGCAUACACACUGUACUUCCUACCGCUGCCACCCACAAAGGGGACGCCAAUCGACGAUGCGCGCAAAACGAAGAAUGCAGCGGGAAAGAGUAAAUCCAGGAUCGGGAUUUACGACAAGACGCCUAGCUGGGAGAAGACGGCGGAAAAGAGCGUGAGGAGGCCUGUGCCGUAUAUUUCUGAGAGCACGGCGGAUGCGAUUGCGGCGAAUAUCAUGACGGUUAAUCGGGCGGUGUGUGGAAUCCUCGCUCUGUCUGAGGUCUGGAUGGAACGAGACUGGAGCCAGGGGUUCAUGGUGGGCGGAGGUUUCUUGCCCGGCCUCAUUUGCUUCGUGGUAUUGUGGGCGAGAACAGAGUUACGGAUCAUUGAUAUGGAUGCGCUGGAGGAGCUGAACAAUAAGGCUGCCGGGCAAUCCAAAGCCAAGUAA